UUUUUAUAUAACAUAAAUAUUUUCGAGAAGAUGUAAGAAUUAACAAGUAUCAGAUAAUCUGCUGAUGAUGAAAUAAAUACAACUUGUUAGUCUAUUUAAUUCCCAGUUUUUAAAAAACACUAUGGAAAUAACUUAACACUAUUUUAUAUUGGGGGUGAACCAUUAAUUACAAUAGGACCACAUUGUAAAAUAGUUAUAAAUAAUUAGUUCAGGGCCUUUAACAUUAUGUAUGAUUAUUUCAUUUGGUGGAGCUAGUUAUUUACUAAUUUUUGAGAUUGCUAUAAGAAAAGGACUUUAUGUGUAUUACUUUUCGAUAUUUAUUGCUGUUCUCUAAAUGUUUAGCUAUUUGAUUACUGCUCUUAAGAAUCCAGGUAUUGUGACUAAUUCUAGAGAAUAUAAAGGUGUAUUAUAAUGCAUAGUAUGAAACUUUUAUAUAUUAAAAACACUAUUAGGUUUGUAAUAACCCAAGAGAUAUAGGUUCAUUAUAUCAUUGUGAAGAUUGUGAUGUUUGUAUAUAAGGAUUUGAUCAUCAUUGUCCUUGGACAGGAAAAUGUAUAGGCAGAGGAAAUAUUAAUGCCUUUUAUGUAUUUGUUACUAUGAUUCCAAUAUAUAUUGUAUAUUUCAUCAUAGUUUCCUUAUUAUGAUUAUUGCACG